CUUCUCCGCGCGGGCGUCGAGCAGGUGGCGUGGCCGGGCGGGAGGCGGGGCGCGGUCGCGGACCGGGCGGGAGCGCGCGGGGCCCCAGGCGGGCGCACACCCUCGCUCGCCCUUCUCCGCGCGCCCGCUCCCCGUCGCCCCACUUCGGUUAGUGUGAUCUCAACUCAAGGCAAAGGUGGGAUAUCAUGGCAUCUAUCUGGGUUGGACACCGAGGGACAAUUCAAGAUUAUCCAGGCUUUAGCCCAUCAGCAGAUGCUGAAGCAAUUCGUAAGGCAAUCAGAGGAAUUGGAACGGAUGAGAAAGCGCUCAUCAGCAUUCUGACUGAGAGGCCGAAUGCACAGCGGCAGCUGGUCGUUAAGGAGUAUCAAGCCACGUAUGGAAAGGAUCUGAAAGAUGACUUGAAGGGAGAUCUCUCUGGCCACUUUGAGCAUCUCAUGGUGGCCCUCAUGACUCCCCCAGCAGUGUUUGAUGCAAAGCAGCUGAAGAAAUCCAUGAAGGGUGCUGGGACAAAUGAAGCUGCAUUGAUUGAAAUCUUAACCACCAGGACAAGCAGGCAAUUGAAGGAGAUCUCUCAAGCCUACUACACAGGGACAAGCAUUCAGAGGAUAAUGUAUAAAGUUCUUGAGAAUGAUUCAGGAAGAGUUCAGAUAGCCUCCUGGUGUCAGCCACAUCCAGUAUAUAAGAAGAGUCUCGGAGAUGACAUUAGUUCUGAAACAUCUGGCGACUUCCGGAAAGCCCUGUUGACUUUGGCAGAUGGCAGAAGAGAUGAAAGUCUAAAAGUGGAUGAGCAUCUGGCCAAAAAGGAUGCCCAGAUUCUCUACAAUGCUGGGGAGAACAGAUGGGGCACGGAUGAAGAUAAAUUUACUGAGAUCCUGUGUUUAAGGAGCUUUCCUCAAUUGAAACUGACAUUUGAUGAAUACCGAAAUAUUAGCCAGAAGGACAUUGAGGACAGCAUAAAAGGAGAAUUAUCUGGGCAUUUUGAAGACUUACUCCUGGCCAUAGUUCACUGUGCAAGGAACAUGCCUGCCUUUUUAGCUGAAAGACUGCAUCAAGCUUUGAAGGGUGCUGGAACUGAUGAGUUUACUCUGAACCGAAUAAUGGUUUCCAGAUCGGAAAUUGACCUUUUGGAUAUUCGAGCAGAGUUUAAGAAGCAUUAUGGCUAUUCCCUAUAUUCAGCAAUUAAAUCAGAUACUUCUGGAGACUAUGAAGUCACGCUCUUAAAGAUCUGCGGAGGAGAUGACUGAGUCAAGAACAUACUCUCCAGAGUUGCCUGCUCCCACAGUGAGGUUUUCCAACAGCUCUGCUUACUUCUCUCUCAGUAUUUAAAAGUACAAGCAAGUAUAAACAGCAGCCUGUUUCCUAACAAAAAGUGUCAACAAAAAGUGUCAACAAAAAGUGUCACUGUUCCAUAGUAACCAAAAGUCCUAAUUUUAAAGCAUCCCAUCAUAAUGUGGUAGUUCAUAAAUAAAAUUUACAAUGGUGUUAAGGAUCUACUAAUACUAUACAAAUUUUAUUUCUGCUUAGAAAGUAAGAAGCUUUGUACUUACUGUUCUAAAACAUUAAAUGCAAAGUAGGGUAAUGAAAGUUGUUGCCUUUGUUGAAGGUAAUUUGUUUUUAGCAUAUGCCUACAUAUUUGGUACCUGGUGCCAACAACUAGUGAUAUUUUUAAAACACAUUUUUGUAUAAAAGCUGGUGCUGCUUUAGUUUCUCUAUUACCCUGUUAAUCACAUUCAUCUUUCAGAAGGGAAUAAAAUGAAGAUGUAUGCAA